GGUAAAGGGAAGAAAGGGAAAGGCCGGGCUAAGAGUUUCGGGAAGAAGCAGAAGCAGAAGCCGAAGAAGCCGGAAGUGGACAUCCUCAGCCCUGCCGCCAUGCUGAACCUCUACUACAUCGCCCACAAUGUCGCCGACUGCCUGUACCUUCGGGGCUACCCUUGGCCAGGCGCUGCCAAAGGGAGGAAGGGGAAGAGCAAGAUUUAAGUGAUAGAAUCCAACACACGUUUUCGUUUCCAAUAACAGAAAGUGGGAGAAAACAUUCAGGACAACUCAAUGGCGCAGGAAAAUAGGCUUACUGAAGACCAGUAACACUAGCCGGUGUACUUCUCUGUGGGAAUAAUGGCAGAGAAAUGCCCGUUUAUUGCCACUGCUAAGCCAGGCACUAGGUGGCUUCACUUUGUUUUUUGUUUUUUCUUUCAAAAAGUAAUCAGGAAAACCAAACCCAAGUGGAGUUUGUUUAAAGUCUUAAAGGAGGCACUGGCAACGGCAGUGAUUUUUAUAGUAUUAUAAUCAUAGUUCUGGACCCGAAUUAAAACCUUGUUCUCAGGAGGCAGCUCCAGUUUCUUGAGUCGUUUUCUUUUGUGAGAGGGGUUGUUUAGCGAGGAUGAGGCAAAAAGCAAAGGCUGACUUUGUGUGCACCUUCCUCUUGGGCAUUUUUUCCCCCGCUGUGGUUUGAGUUUGGGUUUUUUUUUUUUUUCUUUCUUUCAAUGCUGGGGAUGAACCUGGGGUCUCUACUCAGGAAGAGCUCUGUCGUUAAGUUACCCCAGUCCUCCCCUUUUUUAAACAAAAUGGAAAAUAAAUAAUUUGUUUUUAUAA